AACCGGAGUAUACCUUGCAUUUAAUUCAAGACGAAGCUGUGUGUCAGCCUUCAGCUGAAGUGUAACUGAAUUAUCAUCAGAAGUGAUAGGAUUCAUAAGGAUACUUUGACAAUUUAAACCGCUGCUUAGGAAUCACUACAAUACCCGAAACAGCUUAAGUGAUACAGGGAUGGCAUGGAUAAAAUAUUUUCGUAUACUUAGCAUUUCUGCGUUAGUAAUAUGUGCAAAUUGCAACGUUAUACGGCAAGGUAAAGCUGUGAAUGAUAAAAUACUUCUAUCAGAUGUCAAUGCAGAGGAUAACGAUAUGUUUGUGGACAAUGAUGUAAAAGAGGAGAAUAAUUAUAUACAUUUACAUGAAAGUUUAGGUUUGAGUAUAAAAGAUACGAAGACGAAUGGAAACGCAUACAACCAUGACAAAAUAACACUUGUUCAUCAUUUUGCGAGACACGCUCUCUGUAGAAAUAUUGAAGGAAAGGCACGGUUCUACACAGCUAUGAAAUCCAAGCUUUGUAACAGCAACAGCAAAUUUAUAGCACACCUUAUUGAUGACAUUUGCUCAAGCAAUAACAGUCAUCUAGAUAACUGGGUUGCAGAACUAUUUGAUUUAAAUGAAGACGGUUUUGUAGACCACUUUGAGAGGCAUUUCUAUAAAACUGAUGACUGAGACGCUUGUUUUCUUGUUUCUGGUGGACUUGUCUCUCUGAUACAUGCAUCUAGUUUGAUGUGAGAAAGAUACAUGAUAACGAAGAAAAUACUAUUUUGAUAAAGAAACAAAAUACAACAUCAACAGCAAAUACUUCCCUGACCAACUUCUAGAUCUGUCAUUGGCAGGUCACAGGUUUGUGCUAGACAAAGUGUGCUAGAGAAAGUGCGCGCAUGCUAGGGAUUUUUCGACAUAUCUUAAUAUCAUUUAAUACAAAUGAUAAAAAUAUUUUGACAAUAACUAAAUUUACAUGUGGUGCCGCUGUUUGUUUUUAAACAUGUCGAAGAAAUGAACGACUUAAUUUUUUAUCUUCAAUUCUAGGACUAGUCACUUUUCUUAGUUUCUUCACUGUUCUUAGUUUGAAAUCAUGUAGGCUGAGUGCACGGCAUUCCAGUAUGUAUCGUAAACGAAGAAGGCAGAAACGAGAAAGAAACUGGCAAUAUAUGGAAAUAUACUCGCAUCAAUAUCUAGAUCAGCGUGCAUGAAGAUAUGGCUUAUGCAGAAAUCUUGUAUUUUUGUCAAGAAGUAGUGCGCAAAUACAUUAGAAAAUGCUGUGAUAUGACUUCAUAGAGACAUCUACUGACUGAUUUUAUGACAACACUGUUUGAAUACCUAAUAGAAUUUCAUGAAAACCAUUGUUUUUCUAAACGUCCAUCUGUAUCAGCAUAUAUAUUGAGUAAGAUAUCUUUUAAGUAAAGUAUGUAAUUAUUGUACGUUUUCACAAAAGAUAUUUAUAGAAAACGGGUUUUAGAUACAAAACAGUUUUUGUUUCGUCAUUAAACGUUUGUAUGUAAGGACAUGAUUUUUUAUGUUCAGAUUAAUUGUUUUGAACAAAAUUAGGUGUUUAUAUUAAAAAUACUGUAAUAGUCAUGUCAUUAUAGUAGUGAUACUAUUCAGCAUAAACCGGAUCUAUAUCAAUUUUAUGUGUUAUUUUUAUGUACUUGAAUAUUGUUAAGUACUAAGUACUCUUCAAAGCAGUUGUGUUUUAAUAAAUGAAAACAUUCAUAAUGUAAACACUAGACAUCUAUGUCGCGCCAGAAUUACGACUAUCAUUAGUCAAAGCUUCUUCCGUCCUGAUUGCUUAAUUUGUCAUCCAUAAUUUUAUUGUUUUUACACUUUUUACAGUGUUUGUUCCGAAUAGUAUAGAUAGCUGAUAAACCGUACAUGCAGAUAUUUUUGAAAAACGUAUUUUUGUGAAUUCAAAGUGGAUAAUAGAUAACAGCGAAUCAGAAAUAUGGUAAUACGUACACCUCAGCGAAAGAGUUUUAAUUGUGAAAGAGUUGUUUUAACGUAAACGUUCUUGUUUAAUUGUAAAUAUUCUCAAAAUAUAUUCUCACAACUAAUCCAAAAGCAUUGUUUCUGUUAGUUUUUAUAUGUUCAAUUGGUUGUCAUAUGUUAUAUUGUUGCGUAAAUUUGCUACUAUUGUUGUUUUGUAUUUAUUUAGAAUUUUUAUUUUCCAGAUUUCUGGAAUUGUUAAAUAUAAAUUUUAUUUCGAUUUUAAAGCAGUAUUUUCUUGUAUUCUUUAUUACAUUAUUUGAAUUAUUGGUCGCUAUUCCGUCCAUUGUGUAAAAUAACUAUGUUGUUUUUAUUUUCAUUUUCGUCAAUGAUUGCUUGAAAUAAA